UCAUUUUUAAGUACUCAGAAUAAUAUGAUUUCCCAGAAAAAAGAUGCUAUGGCUCAACGUAUAUUAUCUGCAAGACUUCACAAAAUUAAAGAGCUGAAAAAUGAACUGUCUGACCUCCAGCAUAAACUAGAAGCAUCAAACUUAGAAAACCAGCUUCUGAAACAGCUUCAGUAUCGGCACUUGAAAGCAAUAGGUAAAUAUGAAAAUGCGGAGAAUAACUUGCCUGAUCUUAUAGCAAAACAUUAUAGUGAGGUAAGAUCUCUAAGGGGACUCCUUAGGAAGUCUCAGGAACAGGAACGAAACACAUCCAGGAAGCUUAGAGAAGUUGAAGCAGAGCUGUUAAAGACUAAAGAUGCCUUGCAAGUAUUGCAGAAACUUUCAGAAGACACGAAUCUUGCAGAGAGAGGGGAACUUACUCAUAGAUUAUCAAUCCUUACAGAAAAAAUGGAAGCCAAUGAUAAGAGAAUACAGGGCUUAGAAAAACAGCUGAAGUUGAACAGUAGCAUCUUUAGUCGUCAAUUGGCAGCUGAAAAUAGAAAGACUGUAGCAGCUCGGACAAUCACAAAGAACUUGCAAAUGGAAAUUAAGUCUCUUCAACAAAAAAUUAAGGAAAAGGAACGAGAAGUUGGUAUAAAAAAUAUCUAUGCAAAUCGGAUGCUUAAAAGUCUACAGGACAAAGCUGACCCAGUACCUCGUGUUAGUUUAAGCAAAUCAGUACAAGUAAAUAAGCAGAAUUUUAAAUCAGCACAGGUUUCACAUCAUCAAAAUCAAGGAACAGUCAAGAGUGCAGCUGUAUGCCUAGAGGAGAAAAAAACAACUGAAGACAGAAAUAGAAAAGUAGAACCCUAUGAAGAUACAAAACAUAAGAUAGAAAUUGAACCAACCACGAAACCAUCAAAGCAAGAAACUUUUAAUAGAACAUGUAGAGAAUUUUUAAGUGAUGAAAUACAGCUCACGGAAGAAAAAACUCACUUUGAAUUUAUGGAAAGAAAGAAGAAAAAGAGAGAAGUGCAAGAAAGGAAAGCUGACUUACUGAAAGAAGAACUGGAGAAACUGAUGAAAGCAGGACAAACUCGACCUACAAAUGAUGUCCCAAUAAGGAAGAAUAAUCAGGAAAAAGUUAUAGCAGAAGAGAAUAAAAAGGAGGAAAGAAAAAGUAAACAACUAAGUGACAAAGGAGCAGCGGAUGAUAAAAGUGUAACUCCAACUCAGAAUAACAGAACACCCACUAGACUAAAAAAACAGUAUACAUUCACAGAAGCCACUGAAAACUUGCAUCAGGGGCUUCCUGCAUCAGGUCCAGUGUCCAACACAGGCAGCCUCCGCAAAAACAGACAAGCAGGUCGACACCAGAGUGAGACAGCUGAAUUGAAGGCAAGAAAUUCAUUUGGCAUAUAUGAGCCAUCAUUUGGUAAAGUUACCAAAACAAGGCAGAAAGAUGCAGAGGAUGGAAGCUAUGUUCGUACAACGCUAAUAGAGAGGAAAAACUCUCUUAUGGAAGAACUCUUUGGACCAAGCUAUGUCUUAAACAACCAUUCAACCCCUAACACAAAAGGGCUUGAUACAGAACAAACAAUUGUGGACAAUGAAAGGUUACAUAAUUAUACAAGUGACAUUUCAAACACUGAUACUGGUCUGCAAUGUGGAGAUUCUAAACUUACACUAGGAAAGUCUAAACUAACAACUUCAUCCUCAGACAUAAAAUAG